GUCGUUAGUGAUGAUAUCACAUCCGAAUAUCACGUCUGGGAAACUGGGCCAGAGUUGUCGUUUGUGACGGUAUCACAUCCGGAUAUCACGUAUGGGGAACAGGAUAGGGUCAGAGUUGUCGUUAGUGACGGUAUUACCUCCGGACAUCACGUCUGA